AUGUCUGAUAAGUGGAUUACCAAAGAGCUGUUCGAGAAGUCUCUGAGGACGUUCUUCGACGAUAGUACGAUUUCCAUCCUCAAGUAUGACUGCAAACCUGCAGUACCAUUGGGCGACAACUAUACGAGUGAUAUUACUAGAGCUUUGGUCACAUACAAACAGGAAGGGAAACCGCAAAAGGUGAUUUCCGUCAUCGUCAAAAUCCAACCGAGGGGAACGAUUGUCGAAGAAUGGACGAUCAAGUUAAACUUCUUCAAGACGGAAAUGGAGAUGUUCUCAAAGACAUUACCAUUGAUUUACAAAAUACUUGGUCCAGAUAUGAACGGAUAUCUAUCUUCUCUUUGUCUCCUCACCACAGACAAACCAAAUUUGAUGUUGGUUCUAGAUGAUCUAAAACCGUGCGGUUUUCAAAUGGCUUCGAGAACAAUGGGCUUUGAUCUUGAGCAUUGUUUGAUCGUUAUGAAGAAGAUUGCAGUUUUUCAUGCAGCAUCGAUAAUUAUGGUUCGAGAU